AUGCCUCACCGAGUCCCAAGAUUGCCUGGAGCCAAACGCUCCGAGGUCCUUUGCAUGGGCGCCGCCGGUGUUGGCGUGCUCACUCCUCUCUAUCUCGUCAUGCCAGGCGCUGAGGAAAGACUGGCUCGCCAAACUGCUAAAUGGGCACCAAGAUGGGAACGCAACAUCACCUAUUUUACUCCUCGAGUCGAACGUGCUGUCCAGCGUAUUGAGCCUCCUGUCUCAAGAGCUAUUCAGCGAGUUGACAACCGCCUGCCUCUUGAGAAGAUGGCCAAGAAGGUCGACUCGAGCAUUCGAAGUGGUAUUUCCAGAUUUGGCGGACCAAAGGAAUAG